CGGCCCGGGACAGAGGGACCAGGACCAGCCUCGGGAGAAGGGGAGCGAGGUCUCGUCGUGGAUCCUCUCUUACGUACCGGAGUGUCUCGCUUUCCCGUUUUCUAUCUUUCUCACACUCUCUCCCUCACUCUCUUUCUCCCUUUCUCGCUCGCACUCUCCCUCUCGCGUGUUCUCUCUCUCUCUCUCUCUCUCUCUCCCCCUUUCAUUCUCAACGUAGUUCUCCCUUCGCGAACGGCGCGUUCGUGACCUUGAGCCACCGUACCGAUGCGUGCCGUGCCGUUGUACCGGCGUGUCACGCUCCGCGACGGUGCCGUCGGCACCAGGACGGUGUCUCGCGGUACGCGCACGAACGCACGGAGAUGAGCGGAGGCGCUCGGCCGGGAGCUGCACGGAGCACGUGCCAGGCGCGCAGAAGGCGCUCCAGGCGACACCAGGUGCGCUAAUCGUGGACCAAUCGCGUGGGAAGAGCAAGAUCGCGGGUGAUAUAGGACAUUGCACCCGGGAGAAGCGCGAUCGGAGAUCGCGCGAGUGCGCCGGGGAACAGGAAUGACGCUGCAGGCCCGCGGCGGUGCGAAUGCCGCGCGUUCCAGGACGGUCCCGAUGCUCGCAGCCCUGGCACCGCUCCUCAUAUUCAUCGGCAUCGACGGGGUCGUGCACGGCGUCGCGCGCUCCGCGUUUUCACCAGACUCGACGAGCAGUGCCACGGGCCCGCUUUUCGUAACGCCAGUUGGGAAUCAGACCGCCGCGAUUGGUCGCGAGGUCGUCUUCUCCUGCAGCGUUCGCAACAUAAGCAUUCGCAAAUACAAGGUUGGCUGGCUGCGCACCUCGGACCAGACGAUUCUCUCGAUUCACACCAGGAUCGUGACGCAUAAUGCGCGCAUCACGGUCACCUACGAAAGCGGGGCGAGCUCCGGGUCCGCCGGCGCGUCCGGCGGUGCCUCGGGGGUGACCGGAAGUAGCCAGGCCACGGAGGAAAUCGUCGACGGCACGUGGCGCCUGCAUAUUCGCCAGCUGAAGGAGACCGACAGGGAUUGUUACAUGUGCCAGAUCAACACUAGCCCGAUGAUAUCCCAGCUCGGUUGCCUCGACAUACACGUGCCGCCCGACAUCGUUUACGGGGGUGACACCAGCGCCGAUUUGGCAGUGGCGGAAGGUGACAACGCGACCUUGAGCUGUCGCGCGACGGGACACCCACCUCCGAGAGUGUCCUGGCGGAGGGAGGACGGAGAGCCCAUCGUCAUAAGGUCUUCCACGGCGGGUGGUAGCACUUUCGAGAAGCACGACCACUACAACGGCUCGCUGCUGCAUUUCUACCGCGUCGAGAGGCGGCAAAUGGGGGCGUAUCUCUGCAUCGCCAGCAACGACGUGCCGCCAGCGGUUAGCAAACGGGUGACGCUCGCUGUGAAUUUCGCACCCGUCGUGAAAGCACCCAACCAGCUAUUGGGCGCUCCUCUGGGCACAGACGUGCAGCUCGAGUGCUACGUCGAGGCGUUUCCGAACACGAUCAAUUAUUGGGUGAAGAAUCAACGAGGCACGGACGACGAAAUGUUAUUGGAAGGACCGAAGUACAGCGUGCGGGAGGAACGCACGGGCUACACGGUCCUGAUGUGGCUCUUAAUCAAAAAGUUUACGGACAGGGACGUCGGUAGUUACAAAUGCGUUUCAACGAAUAGCCUAGGCAAGGCGGACGGGACUUUGAGAUUGUACGGUAAGUUACACGGCCGAGAGAGCCGGAUGUGCGCCUUUCAAUUUUUAUACGCUCUGAGAUGCUCACGUCCACGUCGGUGUCCGCUUUCAGAGAUUAAAAUUGGCUUCGACAGAGUGGGAUCUCGCGGGAAGGAUCACGUAUCUAUUAUUGGUGGUAAGUAUAUACCGGUGUACAUACAUCCCGGCAAACAAACCGCUUGCAGUAUGGCAACAAAUUGGCAACAUAUUCAUUCGGAUAUCGCAACGGAUCCGGUGUCAUCCGCGUCCGCGUCGGACUCGCGGUUCGAAGCUGCCGAUAUAAUCUGACAGCAGAUUGUCGGCAGGAACCGAGCGGAAUCGGUCGGCUUCGUAUAAACAUUUAAAUGGUAUACACCCGAGUCGAAAUUUUGGUACUAUUUUGACACUUUUAAGGACGAUUUACACCUACCUAGCUGAUCUGUGCGCCUACAUAGACCAGCAAUAACCUACUUUGAUGACAUUCUAUUUUUGUACUCCUCCCAUGAAUCUUUAAUUCUAAAAAUUUACUUUACCUCCCGCUUAAAAGGACCUACUUUAAUGCUAAAUUGGCAAAAGUAGAAAUGCCUGACAAUAUCGGUUUUUUAAAGUAGGAGUGAAUUUUUUACGUGCAGUUCGACACCUCUUUUAUUGUCUUAGGUCCUACUGUACAGGGAAAGGGUAAAUACACGUGACAUUCAAGUGGCUCUAUCUCGGAAACGAUAGGGAAUGGGACAUGUAUCCCAUAUGAACAUUUUUGCUUGAAACGACCGAUACUAUCACCUCCCAGAAUAUUGACCUUUCCUCCUGGGACACCCGAAUGUAUGAUGGAAUUAAAGGUUCAACAUAGGGUCAGAAUUUCGACCCGGGCAUCAUUUAAAGCGCUCGCGAAACGGCAGGUUUCGUUUAGUUCCAAUCCGCCGUUUUACACCCCCUGCCGCAUUUCUCUGCCGGCGUUCCAUCGACAAAAUUUGCAGCUGACACUUUCGAAAUCCGUUUGGCUCCGGGUACAUAUAAAGAGCAGAUUUACUGCUCGCAAGCACGUUAUCAAUCCCGUUGUUGCUGUCGCGAUAAGAUUCAGCGCCCGGCCGAUUCCCAGCGGCACGGUCGGCGCCCCGCUUAUCGGGGGAUCGAUGUCGCGCUUUUUUUUCCCCCCUCAGUGAAAGGGCGUGACUUUU